AUUGCAAAAUUUCGGAGCUGAGCCUCGACUUUGCGAUCUUCGACCAACUUACCGGCCAGCCCAACAAUCCAAAGUGAGUUACGCCCAACACAGAGGAAUUACCAUUCUUUGUAGCUUCGGAACCUUCGUCCACGACAUAACUCUGGGAAUUCCAAAUCGCUGAUUUUUAGCCGCUGCCGCAGCCGAAACCUUGUCCCGACACUUGGACAAGAUGACCUCUCAGAGACCGACCGUCACCAUUAUCGGCGCCGAUGGCAAGGCCGCCGGUGCUGAAGUCCUUCCCAAAGUUUUCAGCGCCCCGAUCCGCCCGGAUAUCGUCAAGCACGUCCACACCGGCAUGGCCAAGAACAAGAGGCAGCCGUAUGCUGUCAGCGAGAAGGCUGGCCACCAGACCUCUGCUGAGUCGUGGGGCACUGGUCGCGCUGUCGCCCGUAUUCCCCGUGUCUCGGGCGGUGGUACUCACCGUGCCGGCCAGGCUGCUUUCGGUAACAUGUGUCGCUCCGGUCGCAUGUUCGCUCCUACCAAAAUCUGGCGCAAGUGGCACGUCAAGGUCAACCAGGGUCAGAAGCGUUUCGCUACCGCCUCUGCCCUCGCCGCCUCUGCUGUGGCUCCCCUCUUGAUGGCCCGCGGCCACCAGGUUGCGACCGUCCCCGAGGUUCCUCUCGUCGUCGACUCUGCGGCAGUCGCUGGUGAGGCCGUCGCCAAGACCGCCGCUGCCCUCGGACUUUUGAAGGCAGUUGGUGCUGGGCCCGACGUCGAGAAGGUCAAGGCGUCCAAGAAGCUCCGCGCCGGCAAGGGCAAGCUCAGGGGUCGCCGCCACCGCCAGCGCCGUGGUCCUCUGGUUGUUUACAGCACCGAGGCUGACGGCAAGGACCUCGUCAAGGGCUUUCGCAACAUUCCCGGCGUGGAGACGUGCCCUGUCGAUGCCCUUAACCUCCUCCAGCUCGCCCCUGGUGGCCACCUCGGCCGGUUCGUAAUCUGGACCUCGGCCGCCAUCAAGCAGCUCGAUGCCAUCUACGAGAGCAAGAAGGGCUUCUUCCUCCCGUCCAACGUCGUCGCACAGGCCGACCUUAGCCGUCUCAUCAACAGCUCCGAGAUUCAGAGCGUCCUCCGUGCUCCCAAGGGCGAUGCCCGGACCAAGCGCGGUGCCGUCCAGAAGAAGAACCCGCUCAAGAACAAGCAGGUUCAGCUCCGGCUCAAUCCGUACGCGGCUGCUUUCGCCAAGGAGAAGCUGGGUGAGCUCAAGGCGGACGAGGGCAAGCCCAAGCCGGUGCCGGCCGCGUUCAAGGAGCAGCUGCACGAGGUGUAGGCUGGGGUUUAUUGAGAAGGACGGGACUGUGGUUGCGGGUACUUUCCUCGGCGUAAUGGAUUAGGCAUGUGUGCACGCACAUCAAUGAAUUCUGAUACCGGACAUGCGGCGUUUGCUUUGUGACAUGAUCGUGCUUUUUACGAGCAUCGCCUCGAAAGGACCUAGAAUUGAGUGUCGAGUGGACCGCAGCGCUUGCUGAUACGAGUCCUGCCGAGUGCCAGUGUCGGAAUGUGAUAUUUAAGCUGUAUUUACAGGGCAGCUUGGAGAAUGGGCGAUUGCGAAGCCCCGACGAGUUUAACGUUAUGGUGCUCUGCCGCCCAUCCGGGACGAGCGCUCCAUCUAGGUGGUAAACCGCUGCUAAGCUUACUGCGUCGAAGUCUGUCAUGUGCAGCACAUGGCUUGCCGUCUAGAGGGGUCACGGGUCGCUUGGUCCAUGCGAUCCCCGCAGCAGGGCUUCAGCCGAAGACACUG